AUGUCCACCACCAAUAUCGAUUGGGUCUACAACGUCAUGGUAGUCAAGCAUCUGACCGAAAACCGCUGGGAUCACACACGCAUCCUUUCCAGCCUCAAGUUUUUCAAUUUACCUCCCACGUACACGCCCGAGAGUCUCGACCUCCUCAAGUGUCUGGAAACGUCCGGCGCGUAUCUACCGCAUGCCUCCCGUGUCCACCGCCGCGUAUAUUCCAAGAUGAUAGAAGCCGCUACAUCAGCUGCAGAUUCAACAAGCUCAUUACAGGAUACCCAACUACUCACACUGAUCCGGUCAGCCCUUCGCAGCUGUUCCUACGUUACUGAAGCCGGCCAAAGUGCUGUAGGCGAUCUUUGCUUACUUGCGGACAAGAUCGAGGCUUCGAACUUGAGAAAGGCGAUACGUUCUUUGCUGGCCGAUUUCGACAACGCAGAGAAAGUCAUCAUGUUGAUGAUUGCACGCGCUUCUCACAAUUAUCUCCACGCUGUCGAGGAAAUACUUUUCUUCCUGCCUGAAGAACGACUCCAGUCGCUAGUUUCAUCGGUGACUCUGUCCCUCAUACAAGGCGUCAGGAAGACACGAUUGUCGGCUGAGACGUACUGGCACUGUGCGCGUGCGUGGAUGACAGUCCUUGGAAACCUUGACGCCCGAUUCGAUGCAACCCGUUCCAAUAGCACCUACACACAAAUCGCCUUCACCGAGGUGGCUGAGGGUGUAUUCAAGAGCGAACGUACGGGUACUAAGCGGCCACUUCUAUUACUCUAUGCUCUCGCGUUCCGUACGGCACAGCAGCCAGGCUAUGGUGUGUACAAGGACAGUUGGUUACAGUGCGUACACGCCUACGCGGCCUCUGCACUGAAGCAGCAAGGCAUACUGAGAAUUGAAGACGAAGUGAUAAAGGUCUUUAAGCACAUGCGGACGGCUUCCGUUCGGUAUGGGCCGAUGAUGAGUAUGGCUGUCCAUACAUUCACAUCCCACGCCAGCCUUCGGUCUCUGCGCCGAUUUCAAUACCUUGUACAAAAGUAUCGAUUUCCACUACAUAACAUAGAGGCCAUACAAACCCGUCUCGCCGCUGAGUUGCCCACUCUCCGACAGCAACCAAACCUGCAGACAGUCCAGGAGCGCGAACAGCACGCCUCCACAUUACGUGCAUGCCAAUACAUCUCCGAUUCUCUUAACAAAUUCGCCGGACCAGCGAUCUCGACUACGCUUGUCAGCGAUCAAGAAGAGAUGGAAACUCUACAGGCCCGUCGGGAAUUUGUCGCAAUUCUGGACCGCGCCUCGGACUACCAUGCGCUGCCGCCAGCCUACGCCAACCUCACUGCUGACAUACCGUUCUCUCAGCGCACGGCGCUUGUCCAUCAAUUAGCUCAUCAUUACUCUAUCGCUACUACCCGUUCACAUAACGCAACCUGGCGCUCCAUCUACCAACUAUACAACUAUCUUGAGUCGCAUUCCCUGCCAAUCGGUCCUCUGUUUACCAAAGCUGUAGUCCGAGCUGCUAUUAUCCGGCCCAUGAUGGAGCACAGGUUCGUCAGUGCAAGGACAUUGAUUUGGGUGUGCCAACUCGUUGCCAGGGUUGAAGGUGAAACAGUAGCAAGGCAGAUUGAAGGUGCUUUCCAUCGCUGGAGAGGGGACCUGAUCAAGCAUGCCAAGGAGGUUCAUGAUGCUGCUGGUGGUGAUCGGGGUGCGAAGGCCAUGGUGGGAAGGUUGAAACAGUUGAAUCUGUUGGGGCCCAAGGGUGAUUAG